UAUUGUGACAUUCAAACAAAUCAAGUAAUUUAUUUGCAUAAAGGAGCCUUGCAACUUCAUGCAACAUAAAAAUGAAAAAAAAAGAAUUCUCACUUCACACCCCUCCCUGUGUCGCACACCCAUACUACAUACUAAUUCUAAGCAAUGUCUGAAUGUGUGUGUACCCAAAGGUAUGUGCUAGUCAUGCACACUGCUUUAUCGCAAUACAAUACACAGAGGGAAAUGAUGAGCUCAUCAUAAGAAUGUGUUGGACUCAAUGGUAAGCUGAAUAUUCCCCAGAGUCAGUCCACUGGUGAAGGUUGUGGACCAGAUCACCUGCGGAGCAUCGACAGCUGACCAGCUCCUCCCUCUCCUCCUUAACGAGGCCUUGACAGGAAACAGCAGAGCGGUCCUCAUUUACUGCAUCAACCUGCAGGGCCUUCUGGAUAAUGAGACCCCCUCUGCCUUAGCUUUGGCCCAGAAGGUGAGGGGCCUAGUGAAUAAAGCCACUGUUGGUCGCUGGAGUCCAAGAGCGGCCGAACGGGAGAUCCGGGAGGAAAUCAUGAGACUGCAAAACAUGAUGAUGUCACAGUGUGGAAGUGAAGUUCAGAACACUCACAGGCUGGCAGAGCUGACUCAAAACCUACAGAUUGUGAAGAAUCAGUCAUGGGAGAGAAGGAGGGACGAGUCGAAGAAAUUAAAAAGCAAAACACAGGAGCGUCGAUCGACCCCGAACCCCAACUGGCACAGCAGUGAUCACAGACAGGGAACUGACACAAAGAAGUAUUUACAAGACCAACUGAAACUAGAGAUGCAAGAACACAUCAGAGAGGGUAAAGGGAACGUGGAGAAGGUCAUGGAGAGAGUGGCUCGAAUCCAGGAGCUGAAGGAGGCUCUCAGAGAGGAGACACUGAAGAACGGGGCCCUUACAGAGAAAUCUGACCUGUGUCAACAAUCUCAAUUGGAAGAUAAUAAAGCAAAGGAGCGGAGGAGGCAACUUAAAGAGGAUCAUGGGAGAUUAAUCCAGGAGGAGGUGGAGAAGAUGGAGAGAGACUUGGCGCAGGAGCAGCUACCGACAGAGGGUCCCCAGAGAGAGCUGAUGGUGCUGACCAGAGAGAGGCAGGUCCUGGUGCUGCAGAUGGAGGCCCUACGCACUGAGGCCCUGCAGGCAGAGCGAGAUCUGCAGGACCAGUAUCGCAGACAGCAGAAGGAGCUGUGCUGUUUGAGGGAGGAGAGUCUGCAGGUGUUCAGGGCGUUUCGUGAGGUGAGCGAGGAGCACAGGAAGACGUCAGAGGGCAGAUACAGAUGUGUGCUGCUGGAGGCUGUGCAGGACGCCGUCUACCUCUCUGCACAGAACCAGCAGCUGCAGGCCGACAACAGACAACUCCACAGAGGUCAGUGUGGGUUUAACCUCCACCAGAGCGACUGUAAAUUUACAGAUACUGAUGUAAAAUAUCGAAGAAAUGCCCAGAGAUGAUAAUUUGUUCUUUCUACAGCACUGGGAGAGUUAAAGGAUGCUCUGGCUGUGAGAGUUGAUCCAAAGACUGAACCCUUAUCAAAACAAUGACUGAUAAUAAAAGAGCACGCUC